UCGCUUGUAAACAAACUCGACUAUAUCUGCAUCUUCUGUAAAUGGCAUCGAGUUCUGCAAUUAUUUGCAUUUAAUCCGUAAACCGUAACGUUUCCAUCUCAUUUUUUUUACCACGAACUUGUGAAAUGGACAAUGAUGAGUACUCUACGGAGUACUUCUGCAGACUGUGCGCAUCCGAAGGGGUGGUGAUUCAUCCGUUGUUCCCACCGGGGGACGAAGACCCCAAGGAUGAGCUUAUCCGUAUGAUCGAUGUGCUGACGUCGGUCACGUUAACCCGAACUCAGGAUAGCGGUGCUGUCAUUUGUGACAAAUGUCUGCAGAUGUUGGACUUGUUCUGUCAGUUUCGCGAAGAAUGUCUCCGGCAGGAUGUGAUGAUCCGAACUCGACGGGAGCUGGAAAAAGAACAGAGACAGCUUCUGGCCCGACAGCUUCAGCAACAACAGAUGAUGGAACCGACGGUGCAAAUCAAGGAGGAGGAGGAGCAAAUUGUUGAACCGCCGACCAUAGUGAUAGAUGACUGCAAGGACGAAGAACGUGACGAGCCGGACUUGAGCGUUCCAGUCGGAGAUGAUGAUGAGGAGGAGGAGGACGAUGACGAUGACGAGGAUGAUGAUGAACCUCAAAUUGUGGGGCCAAUGGAAGGAAUGUUGGAUUCUAGUCUUGUUGCCAACUGCAGUAGCAGCAGUAAUAGCAAUAGCAAUAGUUUUCUUCAAUCACCGGCAGAGAUUUCCUUAUAUUCACAAGCUAGUAACCUUUCGAUUUCGGUGCAGGUGAAUCAGAUUUCCUUAAGUGGGAUGAGCAAUGAGCCCACCGAAUGCUUGAAUAACUUGGAGCGGAAGAAAAAUCGCAAAUCCCGGUCUCUAGGCUCUGUUCGUAAGGGCAAACUGGAUCCAAACAAACCUCCACCAGACUGUGACCAAUGUCAGGAGAGUUUUGGCACCCAUUACGAUUAUGAGCAACACAUGGAUCAGGUACACGCUUGGGAUCGCGGAACGAGAUGCUCGCUGGCGUGCGAUCCAUGCCAGAUGCGGUUCACCAAGUCGUACAACCUGAAACGACACAUGUACGAAGUUCACGGCGAGCUGGCACCGGGUCUAACGGUGACUGCCUGCGAUUAUUGCGGACUGAAAUUCCUCCGGGGCUACACAUUGAACCGGCACAUUGCCAAGGUACACAGCAAGCGGCGAUCGAAGAAGAUGCUAUUGCUCAAAAGCAAAUAAGGUGAUAACCAUUGGAAUGUUCAGAGUUGCCAUAAGUAGGUACUCUCAUUUUGUAAAAACACAAUUUGGUGAGCAAAACAACUUGUUGCAGUAUUUGAUUCAUUUUAGUUUGCUCGGGAUAGUCCGAAAAAACUGAUAAAAAAGGGAUAGAAAUGCGCAUCUACGCAUAAGCGAACCAGAAUCUACUUACCAGGUGUACAAGCUUAAAUUCGCUGUUUGUUAAAAUAUGAGUAUGACUUCAGAACAGAAUAAUUAAACAGUGGAAAAGCCUUUUUGGUACAUAUCUUUCAAAAAAUAAUUCUUGAAUCUCGAAAAUUGAGUUGAUAGAAAACAAAACGAAAUAUAGCUAUAUUUGUGUUCAGUGCUCAAAGUUCAUUCAAAAUUAUUUUGAAAGUUGGUUGCAUUUUGCUGGCACUAGUGAACCUUUAUAUACAGGUUCACUAGCUGGCACUAUAAACAGAAAGAACUUAACUAAAGUGUUACAAAUCGGUAUCCUACUCAUAAAUUAACAAAUUCAAGCAUGGCGCUCCAAAAGGUUUUCAUGAGCUAAACUAGCGCCAUCUAUAAUCAAACAGCGAUUUUAUGCACAAUAGUUCUCUUUUGAAAAUUCUGCUUUUAUUUACAGUAGUGAAUCGAAUUCAUCCUUUCAUCACAUUUUAUAUCAAGUGGAACAAAAAAUCAAAAAGGUUGAUAUUAUUUAAAAUGCAUUGAACCAAUAGGUCAAACGUACACAAACCAAUAAAAAGCACGAUUAAGCCAUAAAUCGUACAAGAACACUGUUUGGAAAUAUUUCAUCAGUAGAAUUUCGGAAAACAUUCAAAUACUAAACAAAAUAAAAAGAAUAAACUUAAAAGACAAGUGAUUAGAAUAGGUUGCAGUAUACUAGUGAUGUAUUUAUUUGAAGCAAAGUAUCAGUAUUAAGUUUUGUACGCGUUUUUUUUUUGAAAGAAUAAACUGCUUAGUCGAUAGCCUUCGAUGUAUGUAUGCAUGUAUAAUCUAACCAGAAAAAAAACCACACACAUAUAGUCUAGCUUCCUGCAGUGGAACGCACAUAUGACUCAAAAUAUUCCACAAUGAACUGAAUAAACUUUAAAACUAUCAAAA